AUGUCCUUCGAAACAUUCUCUUCCAGCCCUUCCCCCUCGAAUCAGCCAGGCGCGAUUGAGCCCGUUGAGUUCUCGUCGUCGCCACCUGUUUCGUCUCCAGGAACCUCCUUGCCAACGACGCCAUCGCCCCGUCCUCGCGGGACUGCCGCCGACUUUAUUAAGGUCGAUUGGACACUCUGGGGCCACCAAGAGUGGGCGAAGUGGCCUGGAUUCGAGCGCUAUACCGGCGGCCAAGACACGAGGGCUUGGUGGCAGCAAUAUGGGUACCGCGUUGAGGACCAUUCCUCCUUGCGGCAGGGCAAUAAGUUGAAGUGGAUCUGCGCGGACUGCUUCGCCCGAGACUUUAAGAAGAAGUCAGACUUCUGGUUUGUCUGCUCGACAGGAGUCUCUGUCAAGAAUGUUGAAAUGAGAAGAUUCGUGUUGCUUAAUUCAUCCUAA